AUCCAUUCAUUAAUGAAUCUCGAACCUAUCUGAACUCCAGGAUGACAACCAGUGAUGACGAGCAGCAGAAAUUGACAAUUCUUUCCUGGAAUGUAAAUGGCUUUAACCGCAAAAGGUGUGAGGUGCUUCAUCAAUUAAAUCUCCUAAAGGCAGAUGUUGUGUUUCUGCAAGAAACUCAUGUGGGUCCUGAUCGAAACUGCCCAACCGGGAGCAUCAAAUAUCAAGAUUUAGAAAGUGAUUAUAUGGCGAUGUUUACUGUAUUUAAAGGAAGCUCCCGAGGGGUGGCCGUCCUGUUCAAAAAGAACCUCGGAUGUGGUGGUUUCAGUGUCAACGGUGACGAAAAGGGAAGAUUCAUGAUAAUCUCAUGUCAAAUUUGGGGACAUGAUUUUGUGUUUAUUAAUGUGUACAACUCGAGUGAUGAAAAAAUUACAUUUACAGACUUCUCCAAAUUUUCAACCUGCAUCCCAUCCACAGCGUGUCUGGUGGUUGGUGGUGAUUUUAACACCGUGAUGGACGCAGAUCUUGAUAAAACCUCAAAUCUGCGAAACCGAAGUCACAGAAAAUCACUCAGUGCUCUCCAAAGAUUUCUGGAAACUUUCAGCUUGGUGGACGUCUGGCGGUGUCUUUAUCCUGAAGUAAAAAGCUUCACUUAUUUUGGUGGGAAAAGUCAGUCGAGACUGGACUACUUCUUUCUGAAAAGUCACAAUUUAUCCAGCAUAGCUGCUUGUAGCAUUCACAAAAGACCAAAGCACUCUGAUAAGGAGGAGUAUGUUUCUGAUCACGCCCCAUUGUCCAUUCAAAUUCAGAUAGAUGGACCAAAAUGGCAGUUCGAUUCUUGUCUUCUUGAGGAUGAAACAUGUAUGGAGCAACUCUCAAACACAAUAAGGAAAAUUUCAAGAAUAAAUGCACACAAGAAAGAAUACCUGUGGCCUGGAUUGAAGGUUAGACUUGUAUGUGAGGCAGUAGCUUUGCAGAGAUUUCACCUAAAACCAUCAUGUUCAGAAACAUCUGAAUGUCCUCAAGAGAUGGACCAAGGAGCUUUUCCAGAUUCAGAAUCAUCCAUUGAGGCUCUUCACACAACAAAAACAUCAAGCCUUCUCAACUUUUUGAAUCAUUUACACCAAACUGAAAGAUUUGACGAUGUAAAAUCCACUCUGAUUACCGUUCUUAAUGAAUAUGUUUCGAGAAAAGAGAUUCUGGACGCAAUCCUCUCCUUGCCUCAAUCGCACAGUCCAUCAGUUGAUGGUCUAACUGUACAUUUCUAUAAGCAUUAUGCUUGUAAAAUUACUGACCUCUUACAAGUAUUUUUCAAUCAAAUCUUCGACUUGGUUAAACACUCAGCUAUUGACUCAACGAAUCACAGAAGAUAUGAUCAUACCUACAGCUGUAAUAUUCAAUAUCACUGCAGUCCGAUGACAAUAUUUAACGUGGACUAUAACAUUCUGGCUUUGAUUCUGGCAGAGAGGCUGAAUGGUGUUAUUGAACACAUUUUAAAUCCAGGUCAAAGCAAACCACACAGUUUGAUUCAGCACAGCAUUAGUCAAAUCCCAAUGCUGAUUAUUGCAUUACAACUCGAUCCAGGUACCCUGAAAUGGCCGUAUCUGUUUAAUAGCUUGAAGUCUGUAAACCUACCUGACAAAUUUAUAUCUGUGUUGAAGCUGUUGUUGUUGGCAGAUCAUAACAGAUCUCAGGGUCUGAGGGCAGGGUGUCCGUUGACUCCUUUAUUAAUCAGCAUCUGCCUUCUUCCUCUCAUUAACUCCGUUAACCAUGAGAACAGACCUGAAGUCCAAGGAGAAAACCUAAAGUCAGUCAUUGAAAAAAACACAGCCGUAAUCGUGCUUCCUAAUUCUAACGAGGCUUUAGGUGGUUUUGAAACAAUGCUAAACGAUUUUAUUGAGACGUCAGGAUUUAUCGUUGCCAAAAGAAACAAGGUUUUCAAACCUGGUUCUUCUGGUUUGGUUUAGUCAAAGGCGGCUUAUGUUUUUUUAAGAAAUGGACAGUGGAGUUUGUAGUUUAGAGAAUAGUUGUAAUGUCUGAUUAAUGAUGAAAAAAUACGUUGAAGCAAUUCAUUCGCGCAUCUUCGUCGAAUAAAUCAG